CGACGUGAAUCUGCUGCGCGAAAUCAAAGAGACCUGCUGCUACACGCGACCCUUGGACUGUUCCGAAGGUCGGGAUCAAGACGAGCAGAAGUGGCGCCGACUGGCCAAAGUCUGGGGCGAGCUGCGACUGCCCGACGACCUUUUCGUCGAGGCGACGGAGGCGCUGUUCACGCCCAGUCUGCUCGGUCUGGGCCAGACGAAGGGGCUGGCCGAGGCGCUGGAGUCUGCGGUCCGUUUGUCCGGCGCCGUGGCCGGGCCGGGCCGCGGGGCCGCGGCGAGGAUGGCGUCGAGGCUGGUGCUGGCCGGCGGGAACACGAUGUUCGCGGGUUUGGCGGACCGUCUGACCAGCGAAUUGCUUCCACGGAAACGGCCUCGACGUCGCUACGUCUACCUGCCGCCGGACGAGGAGAUCCCGCCUCAGCCAAUCGAGGUGGUUGCGCCGCCACGGCGAAACCGACUCGCUUGGAUCGGCGGCUCCCUCGUCGCCGAUCUGGCCACAUUUCCCGGCGUCUGUCUGACGCGUCAGCUCGUCGACGAGAAAGGCGUCGAGUUGGCGAUCCGCGAGAAAGCGGCUCGUGCCACGCCACUGCCGCCCGCUGCUCGCUAG